AUGGUAUCGCGAAAGCGCGCCCGCUCCGAGGUGGACGCUGCCCCAGAGCAGCCACCUGAGGAGCCGGGCUUACUUCAACAGCUUCGCAACUGCUGGGAGUUUGCGAACCUGAUGCAAUAUAUUGCCAUAUUUGGGAAACUCAUGAAGAUUGAUGAGGAUUUUGGGAUUGAGGACUUGGAGAAUGAGUGUCUUAAGCCUACCUCUUCGGAGAAAUUACUGGAUAUUGGACUCUGUCUUUUAAAAUGGGUCUCGUCGCAUCGGGGCCUCACCUUCGAUAAUUUUGAUGAAUAUACGCGACGCCAGUACAAUGCGAAAGCACCGCACAUUCCCAACCCUUUCGGGUAUGAGGAAGUCCCGAAUAGGUUCCUCGAUUUUGAUGUCUUUUUGAAAUUGCGCGUCCUGCACCAGCUGUCUAUUUGGACAUUCUGGAAUCCCGAUCGCAUUCGCGAAAAGAUGCCGGAGCAGCGAGAGUUGGAUCAAACGCAGUGGCGUAUCGAGGAAGUAGGCUACGAUCGCGAAGGUCGCUACUACUAUAUACUCGACGACAACAGGCUCUAUCGUCGCACCGAUCCCCCUAUUCCUCCGCCGAAACCGGCUAAGUCGAAGUCAAGGAGAAAGAGUGCCCGCGCCAUGAGAGCAUCGAAACGGAGAAAGGUUACAGGAGCAGAUCCUAUCGAAGAAUCUGAUGAAGAGAGCAAUGUUGUUAACGGCGAUGCCACAGACCCUUAUGAAGCGAUGUCGUGGGAAUGCAUUGCCGUUACACUUUCGGAUUACCAACAGUUCCUAGAGUCUAUUCGGAAGACUAGGGAUCCUGAUGAGAAGAUCCUGCGAGAUAGGAUUGACGAACAAGUCAUGCCAAUUAUCGAAAAGGAAGAGGAAUCUCAACAACGGCAAAAACAGAAGCGGGAGAAGGAGCUUCUCAACAUGCAGAUGCUCGCCGGCGCUAAACGAUCCAGUCGCCUCGCUGGAAAGGCUGAGAAAGAACGCCAGGAACGUGAGGCUGCUGAAGCAACACGUAAGCGUGAGACAGAACUAGCCGCAGCUCUUAAGGAAGACGAAAGAGUGAAGAAGAUUGAGGCGGAAAGACGCUCGCGCAUUAUGACCCGUGAACAACGUAUCAAGGAUCGCGAGAGGAAGCGCAUUCUACAUGAAAACGAGCUCCAGCGCAUACAAGAAGAGCAGGAGAAGGUUGCCAGGGGUGAAAGCAGAGCUUCUGAGAGGCAUCUUCAAGCAGAAAUGGAGAAAUAUCGUAAGAAUCUCGAGGACCUUUCGCAGGAGGACCAGUGGAUAUUCGACUGCUCGGGCUGUGGUGUGCAUGGUCAAAACCUGGACGAUGGCUCGCACAGUGUUGCGUGCGAAAAUUGCAAUGUAUGGCAGCACAGCAAAUGUCUUGGAAUUCGCAAGGACGAAGCAGAACGGGAAGACUUCCACUUUGUGUGCGAAGACUGCAAGCGACGUGAAGAGGAAGCAAAAAUGCCCAAAAUCCCGCCGUUGAAAUUCCGCGUCGGCUCGACCUCGCCAUCCUCGACUGCUGUUGAGGGAGACACAAAGAUCAAAGGUCCGGACGUGGAUCAGCCUCCUACACCGUCAAUUAAAGAAGCCCAACACGCUUUCCAAAUGCCUUCCAUCGGGUCUCCUCAAAAGCAACUCUCCUCACUGCCUUCCACCUCUCAAAAUCCCUCCCAAGUCGUUUCGUUCCCCCCUCCAUCCCCCGAGCGCCGGCCUCAGUCUGCACACACGACGUCAUGUAGCUCCCCUCGGGCUCCAUUUUCUCCGUCGAAGGGUGCGAAUGGUUUCACCCCGUCAUCUAAAGAGCAGCUGCCGAAACUGCCUUCCAUGCACCAAGCUAUGCAUCUACCGCCCCAUGGUGGCGACUCUUUCAAUAGCUCCUUUCCUGCGCGACGACCUUCAUCCUCUCACUCUGUGCGGAGUCCCACUUUACCCUCUCCUAUCCAAAACCGCCCAUCCAUGUCUCCAACUCAGGGCAAUCGAGACGUUGGCCCUCUUGCGGGGUUCCCGCCUGUAGCGCCGUCAGAUCAUUCCGCCCCGUGGACACCGUAUGGUCAACAACACACCCCACGACCAAACACAGGCAACCACGCUUCCUUCUCUUCCCUACAUAAUGGGCGUCCGUCUUUUAUGGCCACACCAACUGCCAGUCGGUCUUCGCCUCCACAGAGUUCCCACGGUAUACCGUUUUCGGGAAUCAGUCCGACCAAACAAUCCCCCCGACCUGUGACUUCCGGCAGUGUUACAGGUGCUCCUGUUCUUCCUCCGAUCCAAAAGCUCGAGCCAAGUCCUAAGUUGAUGGGCCGAAGCUCGCCCGACGCACCGAUUCCCCCGCCGGUGAAAUGCAUGACACCUGAGCAAGAGGAACGCAGGCAGAGAGAGAACGCCCUGCUGCAGGCCCAAUUGCACGGAACUAACGGUCAAUCAUCGGUGAUGUCGUCACCAUCGCUCAACCGUAUACCACCUUUAGGGCCACCUGCGGUUGCUCAACAGCCUGCUCCAUCCCCUCAGCCCGGCCCGAAAUGA